ACGUAGAUACGUUCCUGACAUCCACAUGAUUCUACGUCGAUACGUCGCUGCUUUGUUUGAUAUAAUCUUGUUGGCCUGUAAAAGGCCAAAGACCAGCAAUUGCAAAGUGAAAGCAACUCUAUUCCAAUAUGGAAGCCAUCCGAUUGAUCUCCACAACUACAGUUCAAGCUCGAAGCCAUGUUAACAAUGGCGAAUCACCACAGCUAAUUGACCUGAAUCCAUGGGAUCUUCAGUAUCUGCUUCUUGAACAUGGUCAAAAGGGACUUCUUUAUCACAAACCCACUUCAUCAUCAUCGUUUGAACACGCAGAGACAGUGAUCCAGCACUUGAAGGACGCGCUUUCUUCCGCCCUCGAUUUCUACCUACCCCUCGCCGGCCGUCUUGCAGUCAUUGCCAACGAGGAUGACGACACCUCCUCCGUCUUCGUCAGUUGCAACAAUGCUGGAGUAAGCUUUGUUCAUGCCAUUGCUGAGAAUACUACAAUUGCAGACAUUGUGGAACCCACUUAUGUUCCUCCAUUUCUCUGCUCUUUUUUCCCAACUGGAAAUUUGAAUAACUUUGAAGGAACAAGGGUACCAUUAAUGGCGGUUCAAGUCACAGAGCUAGUGGAUGGCAUCUUCAUCGCUUCGUCGACGAACCAUUGUCUUGCUGAUGUGAAGCCGGGCUGGGAUUUUUGGAAUGCAUGGGCAGAGAUCUCCCGAAAUGGUUUAAACCACAUAGCUUCAGAUUCACAGCUCGCUACAUUUGAAAGAUGGUUUCCUCAUGGUCAAAUUGAACGUCCUUUACGAAUUCCAUACAAAGAAAUAAUGGAGAAUUAUAGGAAGGGAUCUACUAAUUCAGUUCAACCAGGUCCAUUCUCUAGGAGGAUCUUUCACUUUAAAAGGGAAAAAAUUGCUGAACUCAAAGCAAAAGCUAACUCAGAGGUCGAGGAUGUUGUCAUCAGCAACAAAAUCUCCUCCUUGCAAGCUGUGCUCGGCCAUGUUUGGAGGUCUGCUAUUAGAAAUCAGAAUCUUGACCCUGAAGAAGAAGUCACUUACGGAUUCCUCAUAUCCGCUAGAUCUAGAGUUUCACAUCCACCAAUACCAGACAACUAUUUUGGAAUCACAGUGCAGUUCAUGACUCCCGUGACGAUGAAAGUAAGGGACUUGGUGGGAGAUGGAGGCCUUGGGAAGUUUGCAUUGGAAAUGAACGAGGCAAUCUCAUCAUGCACAGAAGAGAAGAUCAAGAAGGACUUUGAAGCUUGGGCGCAAAAUCCAAAGAUGCGUUCACAACGUGCUAUAAAUGGGAGGUUUAUGGCAACCAGUAGCUCGCCGAGAACUAACUUUUAUGACAUUGACUUCGGGUGGGGAAGGCCGGAGGCCGUUCGCCUCGGCCCUGCCAAUGCAAAGGUAUGGAAACUGGCGGCUGAUGCCGGAGCAGAAGAAGGUAGCUUCGACUUCGAGAUGUGUGCUUCCCAUGAAACACUGGAAGCCAUGGCAAGGGACUCUGAGUUCAUGUCCAUGGUAUCGCCGUCGGCAUCGAUGGGUUAUCCAAUAACCUUGCGUAGGCUUGGUCAAUGAUAGAAGGAAAGCUUAAUGUAAUAUUUCGUAUGUGGUUUGUUGGCAUUGGUUGCAAAGAGUGCUCCAAAUUUCUUUAUUUUACGUUUGUUGCAUCAUGAAUGGUAGUUUCCGACUAUGUUGUAUGUAUCGUUUCAUUGCGGUUUGAUGGAAACUUUGUCUUCAUGUAUUAUAUAUUACAUAGU